AUGAUUGAGGUGAUGAGAAACUAUUCUGGUGGCAUAUCAAAGGAGGAUUCUGGAUGUUACAUGCAAGCGUUUGCAGCCCCUCUUUCCUGGGCAACUUUGACCACACAGGAUAAAAACAGCAUGGACUCAAAUGACUACAGAAAACUGAUGUGGGCUGUUACACCUAUGGCGGGGCUUAUGCCCUUCCUAAAAACAAAACUUCUGAUGAACGUAGACAUCCCAAAGCUAAAAAACAUGAUGGACAUGUUGAAGGAUAUGUAUGAUCGCAUACCUCCUGGUCAAAGGACUCAUGUGGCUCAAUGGGCAAAAGAUCAGAUCACCCAAAACUACUUCAGCUGUUCAAUAAAGCCAUGGGUUUACGCAGCAUUAAAGCGUGUGGAUAUCUGCUCCCCUUCACUGAAAUGGCUGAAUUUGGAAGCACUGACUAUUUUGGGACCCUACCUGUCCUAUUUACCACCAAGUGAUGUUGAUUGUUCUUCUAAAGUAGAGCUAUGCGAGUUUUUCUCUUCAACUAAGUUCAAAUCCAUCAUGAAGGUAACCACGAUGAACCCCACUCUGAGUAAGAAGUUGCUCCAAAGAAUCCAAGAGUGCUUCAGUUCACAGGAGUUUCCAGAACAUGUGGAAAAACUUGGCCCACUGGCUUGCUAUUAUGAUCCCCCAGAGUUGAAUGCUAACUUCAGUGGGAAACUCCUCUCUCAACUGGACCAGUGUGACAGCUCCCAAAUCAAAGGGCUGAAGACACAGCUUCUCAGUUCUCUGAGGUCACUGUCAAGCCCUGCUCAAAUAAUACAAGACUUAAGCAGUACUGUUACUGCAUUGUCUGCCAAAGAAAUUGCUGCAAUCCCUGCCACCAAUCUCACACAGGCUCUCAAAAAUCUGGGACCCAACAUCCGAUGGACAAGGAGCCAGCUGCAUGCUCUUAUCGAGAAACAUCUGGGUGAAAAGAAAUGUAAACAGAUAUCCGGGAUGGAGCUGAUGAAACUUCAGCCCGUUGCAGAAGGUUUGCCAAACUGUAUACUGAAACAGGUAAAAGCUGUAGAGGUCCUGAAUGAGCCAGAGGGCCUAAAGAACAUCUCCAAACGACUGAGCAGGGGACAGCUAAUGGCCAUGCUGGUGGGGAUGCUUAAGGAAAUGCAUCCUCCUGCACUGGUGCCAAAGUUGUCUUCCCAGUUACUUAACGUCGUUUCUAUUAACAUUUUGGCCGACGCAAAUGUCACCUCUUUGGACCAAGUGACAAACAAAACUUGGACUCGGUCACAGGCAGCAUACCUAGCAAAGAAGAUGGCUGACCUAAAACAGCUUCAAUUUAGGAAGAUGCGUUCAGCCCUUCAGGGCAUAACCUGUAAGAUGAUUAAUGAAGUUCCUGACAGCGGUGUAAUGGAAAUGGCUUUGGCCAUGGCAGAGUAUCCAGAGUGGCUCUCCAAAGUUCAGGCAGGAUGUGCUGCCAAAAAACUUUUUGCAACUUUGGUGAAAAAGAGAGCAGACUAUUUCAAAACCAUCACUGAACAGGAACUGGAUAAGAUUCCUUCAGCUUUGCUUCUUCACCUGCUCCCUUCAGAUGUGGACGAUUUGCCUAGGUCUGUCUGUCCUAUUUUCCUUGACAAGAUGGAAGAAGCCAACAUCAGCUCUUUGCCUCUUAAUUCCCCGUCUCGUCCUGCGCUCACCAAGAAAGCCCUGUUCUGCCUAACCAAUGGGACAGAUUUAUCCAGCCUCACCGGUGGUGAUCUGCCCAAGCUAGGACCCCUCGUAUGUGAGCUGCAGCCUUCCCAGCUGCGUCUAAUGAACCCUGAUGUCCUCAACUCCGCUUUCCAGGAGAUGGCUUCCUGCAAACAUAUUCCUCAACAAUACAGGGCAGAUAUCAUUAAGAUGGUUCACCAGACCUUUGGAAAUUCUUCUGAUUGGACUGAGGACACUGUGGAAUCAGUCGGUCCCCUUCUUCUUUGUGAUAAGGUUGCCACGUCUGCUCUACCCAACAAACCUUGGAUGAAGGAUGUUCUUCAUUACAUGAAGUCACUGUCCUCUGAUCCUUCAGAUGCCCUGAAAAAGAAAAUCUUUGCUCUUACCACCACUAGAUCAAAUGCAACACGUAAAAAGAGGGAGAUCCUGAGAGAACCCACUGAGAAUUUGAUUCAAGAACUGGGAAUGGAUAAUGUGUACUGGUCAGCAGGAGAGCUGGAUAAGAUGUCAAACAGCACUUUCCUUUCCACUGUAGAAGUACUUGGAGAAAUCCCUAACUACAGUGGAGAUCAACUGGCUGUGCUCAGCAAAAAAGCUACCGAGGCCUUUGGCCCUGUGUCACAGAUGAACGAGCGCGUGGUCAUACAGCUUGAAUGUAUAAAUCAGGGUUUUUCUAACUCUGACCUGGAGAAUCUCCCCUUGCCUAUGGAUAUUGUAGAGGGAAUUUCCCGCUGUGGCUGGACUCAAUCACAGAUGGAGUCGUUGUGGAGGGGAAUUGCCAAAUAUAACAAUCUGAAAGCGCAGCAGCUGGGAGCAGCAGAGAUGGUAUCACUGAACCGGCUCAUCUGUGGCCUGAGCUCCGGCGAGAUCAGACAGCUCAACAUCAGCGCCUUCAAGAGGGCUGUGGGCUCGAUGGAUGGUAUUAAGUGCUCCUUUCAGAUUUUACAGCAAUUAAAAACUCUAGCUGUGGCUGCGUUUGGGAAACCCAGCACCUGGACAGAACCACAGGUUGCAGACUUGGGCAACAUACUUGCUGGGCUGGAUGCAUCGGAGCUGGCUUCUUUGGACCCAUCUGUCUUUCCAUUUGUCAGCAGGACGUGUAUCCCACUCAUCCCUCCAAACAAUUUUGCUGUACUCUCUGUUGCUCAGCUGGAGGCCCUUGGGCCUGACAAUGCAGCAACGGUGACCACUGAACAGCGAAAUCUGUUGAAUAAUGAUCAACUUGACACACUUGAAACGGCUCUGACUGGUUUUCGUAACCAGACACAAAGAGCUGUUCAAUCAGGAGCUCCAUCGCUGGGUGCAGAGGGGCUCUCAGCCUUCAUGAAGCCCCUUCUCUUGCUUCUCAUUGGGUUUCUCCUGCUGUGA